AUGAUGUAAACGAAAAUGAUAGCCACUAUAUAGUUCAUCAAUCCUUACCAUACGUUAAUUACAUUACAAAAAUGUCAAUUUUAAUGAUCUCCCUGAUCAUCUCAAUCACAACAUGUACAGCCUUCUUUCUUGUCCAGAGAUUAAAGUCGAUCCACCGGAGAAGUGUCCGGCUGCCGCCGGGGCCUUAUCCCUUUCCGAUAAUCGGAAACCUCUUCCAACUCGGCCGAACCCCCCACCGUUCCCUCGCCCGACUCUCCAAAACUUAUGGGCCAUUAAUGUCGAUAAAGGCCGGAUUCGCCAACAUGGUGGUUGUUUCUUCGCCGGAGGUCGCCAAAGAAAUGUUCACCAAACACGACCGCAACACAUCCGGCAGGUUUGUCGCGGCGGCGACAGAGGCAUGCGACCACCACAAGUAUAGCUUCGUCGCUGCCCCGGUCGGACCCUUUUGGCGCAAGUGCCGUACUAUUUGCCGGGAACUUCUGUUCUCGUCGCAAAAACUUCAGGCCUGUCAGGGCCUCCGGCGAGACAAAUUGAUGCAGCUGUACGAGCACGUGAAGGAGUGCGCGAUUCGCGGACGAGCUGUGAAUAUCGAAGAAGUUGUGUAUGCAACCUCGAUUAACCUCAUGUUUGCGACCAUGUUUUCUUUCGAUUUUGGGGAGGUCGAUUCAACUGCCGCGAGGGAGCUCAAGGAGGCCCUGGAAGAAGUUUUCGCCAUGUUUAUUGCGCCGAAUUUGGCGGAUUACUUCCCAGUUUUAAAAGGGACAGAUCCGCAGGGCAUCAAGCGCCGAGGCGAGCAAUCUUUAAGGAGAAUCUUGGGAAUUCUUGAAGAUGUGAUUCGGAAGAGGUUAGAGUCGACGACUUCUCAAAAAUACGACUUUCUUGCAACGCUUCUUGACGCCAAUAAUAGAAAGGAAUACGGCAUUAGCAUCGAGGAGAUCAAGCAUCUCAUUGUGGAUUUACUGCUCGGAGGAGCAGACACAACAGCAGGCGUAAUAGUUUGGGCGAUGACGGAGUUGCUACGCAAUCCCGAAAAAGCAGCCAUAUUAAAAGAUGAGUUGAGGACUGUAAUCGGAGAAGACAAACAAGUCGAAGAAUCAGACAUACCGAGGCUUCCAUACUUGCAAGCUGUGGUUAAAGAAGUGCUCAGAUGUUACCCACCCGGACCAUUUUUAAUACCCCACAAGGCCGAAGCCGGCAUACAAGUCAUGGGAUAUACGAUCCCAAAGGACACACAAAUUUUAAUCAAUGUAUGGUGUAUGGCAAGAGAUUCGAAUAUCUGGUCAGAUCCUGACUCCUUUCAGCCCGAAAGAUUUCUAGACAAGAAAAUCGAAUUCGAAGGUCACCAUUUCGAGUAUCUUCCCUUCGGAUCCGGAAGGCGAAUAUGCCCGGGGAUAUCAUUGGGUAGCCAAAUGCUGCAUCUUGUGAUCGCAUUUCUUGUUCACAACUUUGAGUGGAAACUCGAACAAGGACAAGAGCUCGAUGUUAGCGAGAAGUCUGGUAUCGCUCUACGCAAGAGUGUUCCGCUCAUGGCUGUUCCUUCCAUCAGAUUUAUCUUAUAAUUAUUUUGCAUUAUUAGAAGCAUUGUAACAAUUAAUAUGCAUAUGUAACAUAGCUUUAAUUUCUUGUGUGCAUUUCCGACGCUUCCAAGUUUACCUGCCACACAAGUGUAUGGUGUAUGGCAAGCGAAUGGAGUAUUUGGUGUGACUUGGCUUGUCGGGCCUAGUUUGCAGGGUAUUAGGUUCGACUGGAGGUUUACCUAAUGCGUACUUUCGAAUAGCGGCUACGAGUUCUCGAGCUAUUCAAUUGUGCUCUUUUAGGGGAUUUUCUAAAUUUAUAAGUCCCAACUCUUUUGUUUGGG